GAAAUUGAGGUUAUAUAUAUAUUGGGUUACUGGCAUCAGAGUACAAAUAUGGAAACCCUAAAUAUUUUGGACAAGCCUUUAAACAACUAUGUCGGAUGUUGGCACGUAAAUGUACGAUACAUCCUCUGAGCUGCAACACAGCUCCAGAAUUCAUCUGCUUCACAUAUUUUCCGAAACCCUACUAAGUUAGCUUUCUCAACACUAAAAUUGGCGCAGCAGCAGAAGAAAAAUAACGAGGUGUUGUAGAUAAGAACUAGGGUUACAAUGACAAUGGUAGCAGAAAUGGGGGAGAAAAGUAAAUUAGUUGCACAGAAUGCCAAUGGAUCAGCUUCUGCUAAAUCCGCCCACCUUUCUCAUGAGAUUCAAGAUGAGGCUAAAAGGACUGUUAGGCUAAGGAAGCAGCCAAAUAUGGAUCAUAAGCCAGAGAACUAUGAUGAUGUGAGGACGGAUUAUCACCCUGCUGUGUUUAGUGCUCUGGAGAGGUUCCUUCCACCAGACUCUCUGAAUGCGCGGCGAGAGAUUAAGCUCCAGCACAUGAGUGACGUCAUAAGUAGCUAUUUGCCACGUGGUGAGCGGAUGCGGGCACAGCGACACUGUGAAUACCGAGAGAGAAUUAUUAAAUACUAUCAGCCUCGCAACAGAGAGUUAUACACUUUGAACCCUGAUUGCUUCUUUGUACAAUCAUUUAUUGAUGCUACUAAAGAGAAUACUGAGGAGAGUUUUAGAAGGAUUAUAUCAGAGCCAUCACCAGGAGUUUACGCAUUUAGCAUGCUUCAACCAGGAUUUUGUGAACUAUUAAUAGCCGAGGUGGAAAAUUUUGAGAAGUGGGUUGAGAUUACAAAGUACAAGAUAAUGAGACCCAAUACAAUGAACAAAUAUGGGGCAGUGCUUGAUGAUUUUGGCUUCUCCCCUAUGCUUGACAAACUGAUGAGAGAAUUUGUGACUCCAAUGGCUACUGUUCUCUUUCCUGCUCUUCUUGGAUCUACUCUUGAUUCCCAUCAUGGUUUUGUUGUUGAGUAUAGCAAGGAUCGAGAUUUAGAACUAGUGCUGCAGUUGGCAUUCUAUGAAUCAGCCUUUCAGUCCAUCCUAGCUGGUGCUUGCUGUUACAUAUUGGUAAAUAUCAGCAGUUCUAAACUUACCUGCUUCCUAGAAGAAGGCUUUCAUGUAGAUGAUUCUGAGGUCACUUUAAAUGUUUGUCUGGGUAAACAAUUCACUGGAGGAGAUCUCUUUUUCAAGGGUGUACGCUGUGAUAAUCAUGUGAACAUUCAAAAUUUUCAGGAGGAAAAUGUUAAUUAUUCUCACGUUCCUGGUCAAGCUGUACUACAUGCUGGUCGUCAUCGUCAUGGAGCAUUGGCCAUUGACUCUGGUUAUAGGAUUAAUUUAAUCCUUUGGUGUAGAAGUUCAUUGUUUAGGGAGCUAAAGCAGCAUCGAACUGAGUUUCCUGAUUGGUGUGGUGAAUGCUUUCAUAAGAAGCAAGCUCGUCAAAGACAGAUCUUUGAUUCAAGGAAGCAGGAAAUACUUAUUCAAAGAGAUCAAGUAUAGCUUCUGUGAAUGCUCGUUGUACCAUAUUGUCAUCAUUUAUCUGUGUAUAGGGUGAAUGCUUUCUGGUUUAGUUUUUCAGCAUUAAUUCCAGUGGGCAGUUUGCCGUCUGUUUAGUUGCAGGUUUAUCAUGCCAAUUAUUUUUUGGCCCAGUUACAACAAAAACAUGGCCAUAGAAAUUCACAAAAUAUUUUUGUAUGCGUAAAGCAGCUUAAACUCAUUCCUGACGAUGCAUCAGACCAAUCUUGGACUUGUGAUAAACUAGACGAGAGUUUCCCAAGCUAUUGAUAUGUAAAAGCUAAUUAAAACAUUUUUCGUUCUCUGGUAUGGAGUUUAUCUCAGAUGAAAAACUCUGCGCUUUUUUCAAAGACUCGCGAGUACUCGCAGGUCUUUCAUCAUCGCGAGUCACUCGCCCAAUAACUCGCAGACGAGUUAUUCUGAAACUCGCUGCAAUUUUUUGUGCUUUAAAUCACCAAAACUUGCAUGAAAUUGGGGUAAAACUCGUCAGUAAAAAAUGGAAAAAAAAAACUUGCGAAAAUCUGAUCUUUAACCCACUUUUCAACCCGUUAUGGAGACAUUUUUGGGUGUUUACCGCAACGCCUGAUAACUAUAUACUUCUCCUUAAUAGCAUCAAUUUAUUUCAUAAGAAUAAUGUAUGCAGCGUUAAUCAAUAUAAAACUCAUCGAAUACACAGCCA